GAGCACUCCACUAAGUAGUUGACUUUGAAGUCUCAUCGACCUCGUGUCGAAACUCGAACUUCUCAGUCAGGCCACACUCAAGGCGGAGAUGCCUCCGAAACCAAAGCAUCGCGACGUAGCCGCCUUUCUGAGCCGGGUGCGCAACUUUCUACUGGGCCGUACCCACAAGACGGCCCAUCGCUUCGCGGACACGAUCUCUCCGAGCACUCAGCCGCCCCCGAAUAUCCCUAGGGGUCCUAACCAGAGUCUGUUCGCCAACUACUACUACACCAGGGAUCCUCGGCGUUUGGUGAUGCCGUUUGUCGACGUGAUGCAGGAGCACAAGAAGAUGCUGGCCGCCGAAGCGAAGGCCGAGGAAGCAGCCAAAAAGGCUCAGGACAAAUCUGGAGAUGCGCCGAAAGAUGGAAGCCUCGUCCCACCUGUCGAGUCCAAGGAUCAUGAUACAGAGGAAUGCGAUGAAGGGGAUUCCGGCACGAAGAAGCUCCCGACUCCUGGAAAGGUGCAUUCUUGGGAGGGGCCACAUUAACGUCUUCAAUACCGUUCUCAUCAACAAACCCUUUGGUGUUCAGCUAAUUGCUUGUUCCAUUGAAAAUGCACUUUGCAAGUAUUUACGAUAUUAGCAGGACUAUUAAACUGAUUCGCAGUGGAGCCAAUGCAGGCGGUCGUAAAAAUGUAAAUCUAAUUAGACGUCAAGGGUGAAAAUCAUUUAUGGCACCUGCAUUAAAAUUUAAUUAAGCACACACAAUUAUCGAGGUUUCAAGCUGGGAAGGCGCAAAUCGAGGUCCAAAGGGUUUGCUACAGGCCACAACAAUAAAUUUGAAUGCUUAAUAACGUUUAA